UGGGAGAUUGUCAGAAAGAGAGAUGUACAGAGGAGAAAGGGGGAGAGGGAAGGAUUAUUUAGUUAAUUUAGGGGCGCUUGUUACAGUAGAGUAAGGUCAGUAAAGGGAUGAAAGGUGUAGACCAGGACAGAGACAGACAGGUUUUAUGAGAGCAGAGAGAUCAACUCAGAUUUAGAGUUUGGGGUACAGAGGCAAGGCAUGACAAACCGUACAGUUAUAACACAUUGAGACGAGGAGACCGAAUUGAACAAAAAUAGAGGCCAUUUUGGAGUUCAGGGAUAAGGGUAUAGGGACCAGGGGGAGAGUUUAGGGUUUAUUUUUGUUUUUUUGGGGGUGGGGACAGGUGGAACGAGCAGCAGUGUCUUGAUGAGUACUGCAUUGCUGUCAGGAGUCAUAGAACGAACAACCACAUAGAUGGGGAACACAUGGAUUAUAGGAUUAAUCUCUCUCCUGGCUAUUUCUGCUACCUGGAGUUUGGAAACCGGACAUAACAACCAUAUUUCUGUGACCUCUCACACUACCCCUCCUUCCACUACAAUUACAUCUACAGAACUUCGACUGCACGUUGCCAGAAGUGAACAUUUUCGUCUAGGCCAUGAGGUCAUCUUAACGUGCUGCAAUAAGACUUGGAGUGAAAUGAUCUACACCAUCUGGAAAAUAGACCGGGGUGGAACGGUGUGUCAAAUAUCAUCAGGUGUUAAUGACCAACCUCUUGACUCAUGCAACGAUGGAAAAGUCAUGCUAAACACAACCAGUGGUGAAUCUUACCUACGCAUUCCUGAGUUCUCAAUCAGUGAUGAGGGAUUCUAUUACUGUGAGUCAGUAUACAGAGGAGGGAGCAACUCUGCAAACAUUAAGGUAUCAGUUAUAGCUCCUCCCACAGUGUCUGCCUGGCUGGAGUGGGAGGGCAGCAAGAGGGUGGCUGUGUGUUUAGGAAGGGGGAAACCAGCUGCCUCCAUCUCCUGGAGGAACACAUGGAACUCUACUUCAACCCCAGCCGGCACUAUAAAGACCAUACAGAACCAAGACGGCUCCUACUCUGUGGAGAGACGGUUGGUCCUGCCUGAUGUCAUCCCUAUGGCCAACCUGACCUGUGAUGUCAGACAUCCCUCCUGGGUUCAGGUGCAUACUGUGACACUACCGAUCCCUGAAGCGGCCUCAAUACCCUGGCUACAUGUCAUCAUCUCCGUGGUAACCAUCAGUGUCAUUAUGGCUACUCUGGGUGGUUUAUACUUCACACAAAAACACCUCUGCAGAAUUAGCCCCGCCACACCAUCUGAGUCCAAGGCUCCUCAGUCACAGGACUAUGUGGAGGAAGUAGAGCCCUAUGCCAGCUACGUGCAGCGUGUCAACUCCAUCUACAACUCCUCUGCAGACCUGUUCACAUAACACCCCCCCACACACACACACACACGCACGCACGCACGCACGCACGCGCACGCACGCAGGCAGGCAGGCAGGCAGGCAGGCAGGCAGGCAGGCAGGCAGACAGACAGGCAGGCAGGCAGGCAGACAGACAGGCAGACAGACAGGCAGGCAGGCAGGCAGGCAGACAGACAGACAGACAGACAGACAGACAGACAGACAGACAGACAGACAGACACCACUCUUUACAAAGUUGGAGGUUGAUGAAACUGAGAAAAGCCACAAUGAGCCAGUAAAUGACACAGGUAGAUAAUGGAGGACAUGACGCAGAGCUUCAGGUAGGAGAGGAAACCCUCACAGAUCACGCCGGCCUGUGGAGGCAGAUGAAAAGGGAUUCCACCCAGCAGACGUGUGGCACCACUGCAGACACAGCCCCCACUCCCCCUGCAUCUCUACCGAACCACAGGCCUCUGUCUCAAUGAUAACCUUGAGAACUUGCCUCACAACUCCUAAACUUUCCUUACAGAUAACUAUAUAAUAAUGACAUCCCGGAGACGUGAGAAGAUGACCAAAGAUUAGACAGUUCUACAGAGAUUUCUACAACCAAAGUGACAUGUGGGCAGAUCAGAGAGGAUCUUUCCAGUUUCCUAAUUUGCACACUGAGAACUAUGACCGUGUGUAGUCUGUAUACCACAGCUCUCAUAACACACACGUUUGACUGUUCCCACACCCCUGUGUAUCAUGUGCUACUCGUGGGCAAGAGUGCAAUUUUGAGAUGUUUAAUCAAAAUCAAAAUGUAUAUUACACUGAAGCAUGAUUACAUUGUUUUUGUUGAGUUAAUAUUUAUGAUUGAAUUUAAAAAUAUCAUGUUUAUUAUAUUUCUUUAUAAUAACAACAGAUUAUUUACAUUAGAAACUUACACCCUGAGCUGAUGGGAAAAGGACGUGAAGCACACACCCGAUUCUCUGUGGUUUGAUUCAGGAGAGAAUAUUUUGAAUCUGAGAACUAACUUUACAACUAAGCUUUUUAAUUGAGUCAGUUGCUUUCAAUUUAGAAAAUGUGUAUGCAUGUUGCAGAGUACCAAUUAUACUGUGACAUUCGGUGGAGCCUCUUUUUAAAAUGGUCCUGGGCCUAAUAGUAAUGAACACAACAACAACCAUGUUGUCAUCUGUUUGUCAAACAAAUCACUUCCAAAAGUAAGCUACUUGCGGCUGCCCACCUUCAUCCCCCAAAAUUCCAGAAUCCAAACAGUGCAUUGUGCUCGCGCCAUUUGAUUCAUGGAAGGAGACAUCUGUAGUGCUAUUGGUAGUGCUAUACUUCCAGGGAUGUGUCAGAAAUAUUUUUUGGCCAUUUUCACAGCCAUAAUUAUAAGCGCAAUAGCUGGAGGUGGUGCAAAAGGUCUGACUUUUGAUGAAUAAACAAGCUGUAGGUGUGAUGAGGGCUUGGACACUCACUGGACAAUCAACACAUUCCAUGGCUUAAUACUGCAUGUGUUUUUCUCAAGUUUCGUAGGUUAUUGACUGUCUUUGCAUUGUCAUAAACUCCAAUUCAACUGGG